GAAAGCUAGUAGCCUGGGCUUUUAGCUGGAUUGUUAGCAUGACGACUCCUGAUCCGAAGUGCUGCUGUUUCGCGGGUUCGAGUCUGGGCGUGUGCAGGGCUGAACCGCAGUGGUUCAACACAAUGCAGGUUCAACGGAAGCCUCGGCUAUUUUCAUGGCAUCCCAGUUUGCGCAGAGCGUGCUGACCCUGGACUCCGAGGCUGUUGGGUCGCUGAAAGACGGCAUCAACUUCAAGAAGAGCCCUGUGGAUGGGAAGUGCUACAUCAUCUACAAGAGCAGCGAGGGUCAGCUGCGAGCAUGCAGGAACCAGUGCAAGCACCAAGGAGGCGUCUUCAUCAAGGACAUCGAGGACAUGGACGGCAGGACGGUCCGCUGUACUAAGCAUAACUGGAAACUCAACAUGGAGACCAUGCAGUACGUCAACCCCCCUGACAGCUUCAUGCAGGAUGAACUCGAGGUUGUGUGGGCAGACGACCCUGAUGGUGGUCUGGACCUUAUGGAGCUGAAUCCUCCUGACCCCUGGCUCACAGACCCCAUGGACGCCCAGGAGCUGCAGCCCGGUGAAGUGACCUUGACGUAUCUCACUCAUGCGUGCAUGGAGCUGAAGUUGGGUGAGCGGAAGAUGAUGUUUGACCCCUGGCUGACGGGCCCAGCGUUUGCUCGUGGCUGGUGGCUGCUGCACGAGCCUCCGCCCGACUCCCUGGACAGGCUCUGCAAGGCUGACCUCAUCUACAUCAGCCACAUGCACUCAGACCACCUCAGUUACCCGACACUAAAGACCCUAUCUGAAAAGCGACCUGACCUACCCAUAUACGUGGGAGACACUUCUCGACCAGUGUUCUGGUAUCUGAAAAACAGUGGGCUGAACCUUACCAACAUCAAUGUGGUUCCUUUUGGUGUCUGGCAAAAUGUAGACAAGCACCUCAGAUUCAUGAUUCUAAUGGAUGGUGUCCAUCCUGAAAUGGACACUUGUAUGAUUGUUGAAUAUAAAGGUCACAUGAUCUUGAACACGGUGGACUGCACGCGGCCCAAUGGGGGUUGCCUGCCGCAUGGAGUGGACCUGAUGAUGAGCGACUUUGCUGGAGGAGCCUCUGGGUUUCCCAUGACCUUCUAUGGAGGGAAGUACACUGAGAGCUGGAAGGCGGACUUCAUCCGGACAGAGAGGAGGAAGCUGCUCCAUUAUAAGGCCCAGCUGGUGAAGUCACUGCAGCCCAAGAUCUACUGCCCAUUUGCAGGCUACUUCACAGAGGCACAUCCUUCUGACAAAUAUAUUAAGGAGACCAACAUCAAAAUCAGCCCAGAGGAUCUCAACGCUCAGAUCAGGAAGAGCAGUCCUGACAUCCUCACCUGGACUCCCAAACCUGGGGCUGUGCUGGAUCUGGGUGUAGCACUGAAACACCCCUCCACUGGGAGUGCCAUAACAGACCCGCCAGCUGGAACAAAGGUGUUUAAGGACAGCUGGGAGUUGGACUUGUAUGUGAGAGAGCUCAACGCUGCUAUUGGUGAUGACAUUUUUAAGCACAGAAGCUGGAUCCCAUUUUACUACAACUGGGCAGGCUUUAAAGACUACAACCUUGUCAUUCGGGUGAUUGAAACGGAUGACGAUUUUAACCCUGUGCCUGGGGGCUAUGACUACUUGGUGGACUUUCUGGAUUUGUCCUUCCCCUCCAGGCGCCCAAACAGGGAGCACUCUUACCUAGAGAUGAAGAACAGGGUGGGAGUGAUGAGACACGUGGUGAAAACUGGUCUAUUGUGGGACGAUCUGUACAUCGGUUUCCAGAACCGACUCAGCAGAGAUCCUGAUGUUUAUCACCACAGAUUUUGGAACCACUUCCAGGCAUGCCUGCCAAUCUCCAGUCCUGAUUGGGCCUCCUUCCUUCAGCAGGACGCAAACGAUCCUGAGGGUUCCACGUGUGUGAUGUCAUGAAUCAUGAUGACCUCAGGGACUGCUUCCUGACAGCUUCCUUAGAAUUCCAUUCUAAUAUGUUGACACUAAAGACAAUGGCGCAUAUGUUCGAAAAAAAUAGACCAGUCUUCUGAAAUGAAUUUUACGCGCUGCGAACGGAAUGCUUCAGUUAAGCGCCUGGUGUACUGUAGCUCCCCUGUAAUAGGCUCAGCCACUAAACAUUGUAUUGCAUAAUUCUAUUCCAUUCUAAUGACACAAAUCUAAUAUAUCCUUGACAGUGCCUAUUUUUCCAUAUUCUCAUUCUUAAUGUUUUAAACUAAUUUAUAUGAUUACAGGCAAUGCACAUAAACUAAAGCUAAUUCAAUUACAGGCAAAAUCUAUUGAAUCAAUCC